UUUGUCCAAUAAUACUCUCAAGACAGGAACAAACUAGGAGAGGUUAGUUUUGGACUUUCCUUGUGAAUGUUUCACGGCGUUCUCCCACCAUGAUACCAUCCACACAUGUUGAUCAGAAAGAUAAGCAUGUAAUGAUCAUAGCCGCUAGCUAGCAGCUAAGGUACGUAGUGCAAACCUCGCAUGCUGCAAGCGCUCAACCAUGGCGGUCUGCACUGUCGUUGCGGAGAACAAGGAGGCGCCGCGCCGCUAUGGAGGACGAGUCACCGCCUUCGUCACCCUCUCCUGCAUCACGGCGGGCAUGGGCGGGGUCAUCUUCGGGUACGACAUCGGCGUCUCUGGCGGCGUGACGUCCAUGGACGGAUUCCUGCGGAAGUUCUUCCCGGAUGUGUACCGGAGGAUGGAGGGGACGAGCGUCAGCAACUACUGCAAGUUCGACAGCGAGCUGCUCACCGCCUUCACGUCCUCUCUCUACAUCGCCGGCCUCGUCACCACGUUCCUGGCUUCCUGGGUCACAGCAAGGUGCGGCCGCCGGCCGUCGAUGAUCGUCGCAGGGACCGCGAUCCUCGCCGGUUCGGCGAUCGGGGGAACUGCGGUGAAUCUCUCCAUGGUGAUCUUGGGCAGGGUGCUGCUCGGCGUUGGGCUGGGCUUCGGCAAUCAGGCGGUGCCGCUAUACAUGUCGGAGAUGGCGCCACCGCUGCACCGAGGAGCCUUCAGCAACGGCUUCCAGCUGUGCGUCGGCAUCGGCGCCGUCACCGCCCGCCUCACCAACUUCUUCACGCAGAAGAUCAGGCAAGGCUGGGGAUGGCGCGUCUCCCUCGCCGCCGCCGCCGUCCCCGGCGGGUUCCUCACCCUCGGCGCGCUCUUCCUCCCGGAGACGCCCAACAGCGUACUCCAGCAGGGCAAAGACCACGACACAGUCAGGGUGCUUCUGAGAAAGAUCCGAGGGAUCCACGACGUCGAAGACGAACUGAACGACAUUGCCGCCGCCAAUAGAGAGCGGGCGAGCAGCCGCCGCGGCAUGCACAUGAUCGUCACCCAGCGGCAGUACCGCCCCCAGCUCGCCAUGGCCAUCAUGAUACCCUUCUUCCAACAGGUGACCGGGAUCAACGCGAUCUCGUUCUACGCGCCGGUGCUGCUGCGCACAAUCGGAAUGGGAGAGAGCGCGUCGCUGCUGUCGGUGGUCGUGACGGGCCUCGUCGGCACGACGUCGACGUUGCUGUCCAUGUUCCUCGUCGACCGGUUCGGCCGGAGGACGCUGUUCCUCGUCGGCGGCGUCCAGAUGCUGGCGUCACAGCUCAUGAUCGGAGGCAUCAUGACCACCCAGCUCGGCGACCACGGGCAGGUGAGCAGGACGUGCGCGUUCGUGCUCAUCUUCCUCAUCGCCGUCUACGUGGCCGGCUUCGCGUGGUCGUGGGGCCCGCUCGGGUGGCUGGUGCCGAGCGAGAUCUUCCCGCUGGAGGUGAGGUCGGCCGGGCAGAGCAUCACGGUGGCGGUGAACUUCCUGAUGACGACGGCCGUGGCGCAGUUGUUCCUGCCCGUGCUGUGCCGCAUGAAGGCCGGCAUCUUCUUCUUCUUCGCGGCGUGGCUUGUGGCCAUGACCGCCUUCGUCUACCUGCUGCUGCCGGAGACCAAGGGCCUGCCUAUCGAGCAGGUAGGAAGGCUGUGGUCGCAGCACUGGUUCUGGAGGAGGUUCGUCACCGCCUCCGACGGAGAGCAAGCUGAGCUAGAACCAGUAACUAAAGUUGACAAGCUCUAAACUACUGCCUCUGUUUCAUAUCGCAAUCGCAAGACUUUCCCGUCUUUCAUCAAUUAAUAAAUAUUUAUAAUCUAUCAUAUAUAUAUAUAUAUAUAUAUAUAAAGUAUAGGAAAAUAAGCCUUCACAUUGUCUCUCACGGGACUAGAAAUUUUGAUAUUAAUCGAAAAAAAAUAGGAGAAAAAAGGAAAAAAAAAUGAAUCGGACCAGGGACGGAACCGGGCCUAGGGCAACUAGGGCCCAAGCCCCACUCGUGAGCCGGCUAACAGGGAAGGAGUCCACAUAUAUUUCUGAGAAUUACAGAUCCAGCCUCACUCAUUUUGGGCUGUAAUUUCUCAGCCCAACAGCCCGUCGGCACCUUGUCUAGCCCAAAAUGGCAAAACCCUAGCACAUGAGUGGUCUCUCUCCACACCAGUCUCUCUCUAUCUCUCUCUCAACGGGCGGUGGAUGACGGAUGACAGGGAGAGGAAGGCGGCGGCGUUGGCGGCAGGGGGAGGCCGGGAGGGCAUGGCGACGACGACGGCGCGGGCUGGAGGGAGAGGGGAAGGCGGGGGCGCUGGAGGCAGGGGGAGGCCGGGGCCCGGGAGGGCAUGGCGACGGCGGUAGCGCUGGCGGCAGGGGGAGGCCGGGGCCCGGGAGGGCAUGGCGACGGCGGCGGCAUGGGCUGGAGGGAGAGGGGAAGGCCGCGGCGCUAGCAGCAGGGGGAGGGGAAAGCCGCGGCGGAUCGGUGGUGGUGGGAGGAGAAGGCGACGGCUGCGGCUUGGCGAGGGGAAGGCGGUGCCGGCGGCGACGGGGGAAGCCGCGAAGGGUAGGCGGCGGCAGCGGCAGAUCCAUCCUCAGUAAUUAUGGUGUUAGUAGCUUCAUUUCUGUCUUCUUGGCUUCCUGGAAUUGGAGGGGAUCUUUCUGAAUAGUU